CGUCUGUCGUUUAGUCAUUUUUUGACUUCUAAACUGUAAUAAACUGAAUGUAAUUUAUCUCAACAUUUAUUGCUGCUAUAAUCGAAGUUUUGAGAAAUAAUAAAUAAUUAUAUAUAUUUAAAUAUAAUUUAUACAUUUUGAAUAAAUGUAAAAAGAAAAAUAUGCGAAUAAAGCAUUGUAACAUAGAAUCUAGAACGGUGGCGUGUGAUUAUAAAAUAAUAUGUCCUCUUUCAUGGAUAUCAACUAAAAUUUUUUGGUGAUUGUGUAAAAGUAACAUUAGAGACGAUGUGGAGUUCAAUUGGUCGUGACGUCAUUUUAUAUCCUUUAUUGGAGAGGAUUAAGAUUAAAUUGAUUUGCAGUUGCAUUUUCCUAGUUACAAUAUCAGCAAGACCUGAAUACGGAAAUUUUCAGCAAUGCCUAGGUUUGAUAGAAAAAGGACCUUGCAGUAGGAAUAUUUACAAAUGGGCUUUUGAUCAUGACAGACAAGAAUGUGUUCCAUUCGUUUGGGGUGGAUGUGGAGGUAACGACAAAAAUAGGUUCGAGAGUGAAAAUCAGUGCUGGAAAGUAUGUAAAGGACAAAAUAUGUAUACAUCAACAUCUACAAUACCGCCAAUGGAAGAAAGUCAAGAACGGGGACCUGAACUUACUUUUCAAGAAACUGGAGAUGAAACGACUUUUAUGUUUGCUCAAUCAAAUACGUUCAUCCAGAUAGAUGGUGAUAUUAUUCAGACUUUUCAGUUAAGACUAUGUAGACAAAUUUCAUUUCAAUUUCGGACACGUUUACCACAUGGUCUGUUAGUUUACCAUAACGUAAAGGUUACGGAAGGGAUAUCCCUAAAACCAUAUGCUUUAUACAUAAUUGUUCAGCAAGGACAGUUAAAAGUUGUACAUGUAUUUGGUAAACAUUCCACUGCUCUUACAGUGGGAAGAGGACUCAAUAGGGAUGAAUGGCAUUCAGUAACGGUUAGAAUAGAUGUUCACGGAGCAAGACUGAUGGCUACUGUAGAUGAUUUAAAGGAAGAGACAACUUUAAAAGGCCUUGAUAAAGAUAAUAAUUAUGGAGUUUCCUCAAAUGUUACAUCUGUGAUUUUAAUUGGAGGACUUAGUUCGGAAGAAAGACUACAUGGAGUGAAAUACAUAAUUGAGUCGUUUGUUGGCUGCAUCAAAAAUGUCAUUCUUAGCACAGGAAAGUCAGCCUCCGAUCUUUUACCGAUCACACCUCUUAUUGCUACAAAACAUGAGAAUGUUCAAGAAGGAUGUGCUGACAAAUGCAUAUCCGAAGAAAACCUUUGUUUUCAAGGCUCGAAAUGUAUCAAUCAUUACAAUAUGUUUACUUGCGAUUGUUUUGGAACAAAAUACGAAGGGGAAUAUUGUGACAUAUACACUGCAACGAUUCUUACCUUACGAGGAUCUUCCUAUGUAUCCUACAGAGUAUAUGACUGGAAAGAUAGAGUUCAUUCUGCAGUAACUCGAUUUUCCAUGCUAUUUAAAACCAGAUUUGACGAUUCCGCUUUACUAUAUGCAGCUGGAGGUGAGCAGAGUUUGGACCAUUACAUAGCAGCAUCCAUUUACAACAAUUCCGUUUUUGUGGAAGUAAGUUUCGGUGAAGACCCACUGGUAAAGGUUUUGGGACAAACAACUGAAUUUAAACUAUACCAAUGGAAUAAUUUAACAAUAUUUCACGAGUAUGAUAAAAUACAUCUAAUUCUCAACGAAGAAAGAGUUACUAUAAAUAUCACUGGGAUUCCUGUACUUUACAUCGAUCCAGAAAUUUAUAUUGGAGGAGGUCCUGAAUUACAGAAAAAGCAGGGACUGAAGUCUACGAACAACUUUGUUGGAUCUUUGAAGUACGUCUUUUACAAUGAUAUAUCCAUAAUCUACGAAUUGCACAAAAAUAAUCCCAAGGUUCACUACAUUGGUAUCCUGCGACCUGAAUUCUACGAGAUUGAUGUUACAGAUAUACCUAUAACAUUCCCGUUUUCUUCGUCGCAUAUAUGGUGGCACAAUAAUUUUACUGACAAUUUAUCGCUAUCUUUCAGCUAUAAAGCUAGUAGCAAUUUAAGUGUGGUAGCUUCCAGUGAAGCUCAGACAGGUAUUUACUGGGAAGUACGAAUAGUAAAUGACGAAGUAAGGUUUGAAGUCUCUGAUCAUACCCGAAACGUUACUCAUCUGAUAAGCGUUAAGAAGACUCCGGGUAUAUGGCACUGGUUGAACUUGACGUAUAUAGGAGAACUAGAAGAAAUCACACUAACUCUUGAUAACAGAACGAAACAAGAAAAAAUCGGAGAUAUGAAAUUCGCAAUUGGGGAUAAAAUUAAGGUAGCUGCUGGAUCAAGAACGAAUGCAGGUCUCGUUGGUUGCAUGAUGGAUAUUAUGGUCAAUGGUGUUAUUCUGGAGCCUCGAUCUAUCUUGCAAAGUGAAAGAGUUGUAGGUGAGGUAACUCUGGAUGACUGUAGAUUUAUAGAUGCGUGUAAACGACCCAAUACAUGUGAGCAUGGAGGGAAGUGCUCAGUUAAGGAAGACAAAUUAACGUGCGAUUGUGCUAACACUGGUUAUAUGGGAAAGAAUUGCCAUUUUGCUCAAUAUAGGAAAACUUGUGAGGAAUUAGCCCUUUUAGGGUAUACAAAACCAGACGUAUAUCUUAUAGACAUAGACGGAAACGGUAAAUUCCCUCCAGCUCACGUGCGAUGUGAAUUCCAAAGUCCUGAAGACUCUACAAAAACUAUAGUAGAACACAAUCUACCCAGCCAGAUAGACGUUAGGUCUCCUUCUGAAAAGGAUUUUACUUUUACAAUUAAGUAUCGCGAAUUCGACGCAGAAAUGCUGCAAGAGUUGGUCUCGCAUUCUUUAAAUUGUAGCCAGUAUAUCAGAUAUGACUGUCAAAAAGCUCCUUUGGAGUUACACUCAGCCACUUGGUUUAUAAGCUCUGCGAACGAAACCGUGGAUUUUGUAGGGGAGGUAAAAAGGGGAACGUGUCCAUGUUCAAUUGGUAAAAAGUGUGAGAAUAAAUCCCAGUGGUGUAACUGCGAAGACAUAGAUGAUGACAAAUGGUACACAGAUGAUGGCUAUUAUACUAGCGCCAAAAGUGUGGGUAUUACCGAAAUGGUGUUUUUGCAGCAACCUGACCUACCAGAUGAUGCGCUUGGAAGAAUAACUCUGGGACCCUUAGAAUGUGUAGAAACGAAUACGCAGAGAUAUGUGGUUACCUUUACUACAAGUCAGUCGUAUAUUGAGGUUCCUGGAUGGCGAAAAGGUGAUUUGGCAUUUUCCUUUCGUACUACCGGCAAAAAAGCCAUUCUUUUGUAUCAACCUCCAAUAAGGCCAAACUAUCCAAGUUUCAUGGUUGCCUUAACAAGUGAUUUUCAACUUACUUUUAAUUUUACCCUUAAUACUGGUGUAUCCAAAGAACUGGUAAUAAUUUCUGGUCGUAAAUUAAAUGGUGGUGAGUGGCACAAGGUCUGGAUCGAUUACAAUAAAUAUCAUGUCAGGUUUAUGAUUAACGAAGAUUUCCAAAUGGUCAAUUUAAAACCCGAGGAAGAGUUCGGUCCAUUCGAGGGGUCCAUGUUUAUUGGAGGGACAAUUAGCGAUCUUCUUGAUCCAAAAUCAUCUGUUCACCAAGGACUAAUUGGAUGCUUUCGAGGUCUAGUUGUAAAUGAAGAAAUAUUAGAUAUUUAUAGUUAUAUGAGUGUACAUCUCAGUGAAAUCAUAAAAGACUGUAAACCAUCAUGUGAUCCAAACCCGUGCCAAAACGGUGCACAAUGUAAAGAACUUUGGAGUAACUUUCAAUGUAUAUGUCCAAACCCAUGGGCAUAUAGUGGAGAAUUUUGCGAAACAAAUAUCAAUCAGAAUGCAAUAACAUUUACCUUGCCAAGUUCGUAUUUGAAGAGGAACUAUUUAAUAAACGACACCAGCGAAGAGAAAGCCGUACUCUCCAAAAUGUUUAGGGAACAGAUUUUAGUGAAUCUCAGGACGUACGAGAAUCGUGCUUUAAUUUUUUAUGUAAACGAUCAUCUAAACAAUUUUGCUCAAUUGUAUAUUGACAACGACACUCAAGUGAUAUUCUUGUUUAACUACGGAAACAAGAUUCACAACGUUACUGUGAAUUAUGCAAAUUUAAACACUAGUAAGUCCGUUCAGAUUGCGAUAGAAAGAAGGAAAAACUUAACGAGAAUGCAUGUUAACGAUCAAAAUAAAACUAUACCGUUUGGGGUUAAGCUGUUAGAGGAAUAUUCGAAUAAACCAUGGAUUAAUCCAGAUAUGGAAGUACUUGCCCCCCAACGACCGCCUGCACCUCCAACUGAAUAUUUUCAAUUAAAUUUAGGGGGCUACGAUACAGAAACACUAUUAAAAGUUUCUGAUUAUCCUCCCAAGCUUGAAGGUUACGUAGGUUGUUUAAGAGGGCUUCAAAUUGGAAAUAGUCUAAUAGAUUUACCAUCUAAAGUAAGCAUCACUGAUGCAGGAGUUAUCGCUCAUUGCAAUAUGAAAUGUGACGAAGUACCAUGCAAGCAUGACGGCAUCUGCAUCGAAGAUUUCCGAAACCAGAGACACACAUGCGACUGUGAACAUACCAGUUACUACGGGGAGUUUUGCUCUGAAGAAGUAGGAGCUGAAUUUAACGGAGAAUCGAUUUUGUGGAGGGAAUAUAUUCUAAACGGUUCGGUAGACCAUGUGAAGUUCCAAUUAGCUUUUUCCAGCGUUGAUAUCAGUCAAAAAAGUACUGUAUUGCUGCUUUUGCAAACAGAAAAUAGUCGCAGUUACUACCUAGUUGUUGGAUUAAGUACAGAAGGAUAUUUAACGGUACAGGAAGACCGAGAAGGGGCCGUAUUUUCAGCCACUGUUAACACCAAAAACUUUAUCAAUGGAGCUAGACAUUCAAUUUAUUAUAAAAGAGAUUAUAAUGACUCGGAAUUAUAUAUAGACAGAGAAUUGACUUCAAUGAAAACAAUACCUGCGCAAACAUUUACCAAUAUACCGGAAAAAGGUGGAAAUGAGGUUCAAAUUGGAGGUCAUGAUACAAAUGAUCCAAGAUUCGCCACGUAUAAAAGAUAUAGUGGGUGUUUGUCAAAUAUAUUUAUUGAAGUAAAUGAACAUGUUAUGAAACCUUUAGAUGAAUAUAUGUUGUUUACGAAAACUGGUACAGAAAAAGUAAACGUAUCAAAUCAACAUGGUGUCAGAAGUGCUCAAUGUAGUUCUGAUUUCGACAAAAUUCACGAAAAAAUUCCUGCAGUUAUAAACUUAAAUAUAAGUCAGGGGGCUGAUAAAACUUGGGUACAAGAUGCGCCUCAAAGGGUGUUCUACACGUCUAUAUACUCAACCGAUGCCGAAGAAGAAGACAGUACAGAACAGAUGAUAGUUAUAGUUUUAUCCUCAUUUUUUUUAUUAGUAAUAGUUUGCUGUACGUAUCAUCUGAUUAUUACCGAUAAAAGGUAUAGACAACAAAAGGAAUAUGAAACAGAUGCCAAUAUUUUAUUGUCGAAGCAGCAAGCUGCUUAUCUGCAGGAAAACAAAAAAUCGGUAGAUGAGUCGUCAAUAAAAUUUAAUGGCAAGAUACCCUCAGAUAAAAGUGAUAACGUUUCACCAACCGAGGAAAAAGAAAUAAUUAUACCAGAAAUUAAAGAAGAUUUAAUAAAACCUCUCAAAAGAGCGGACAGUAAACGAGAAAAACAAUCAAGAGUUUCAUUUAGAGGUAAUAACGCUGAAAUUACCCUCGAAGACAACUCUGAAACAUUAAGUCCCAUGCCUGAGGAGGAUGAAGAGGAGGAGGAAGAUGCUGAUGGAAAUAUUCAAAAUGAAGAAAUUGAUAAAAAUAUUGAAAAUGAAGAGGUUGAUGAAAAUAUUGAAAAUAAAGGGGUUGAUGAAAAUAUUGAAAAUGAAGAGAUAUCAAACGAUAAAAAUACGUCACCAUUUCUACAUGAAAAUAUAGAAAACGACAAACUUAUGGUUAACGAAAAUGAAAAAGCGAUUGCGGUGAUAUAAAAAAUAAGAGUUUUCUUGUAAAUAUUGAGUUCGUUUAGAAAUAAUUUUAAAAUUUUUGUAUAAAACUAAAAUGUUUUGUAAAAAACAAUAUAGUUUAUCAUUCUUUGUCAAAGAUAUUUUAUAGAAUUACGAAAUAAAAACUAUAAUUAUA